AUGAGGAAAUACAGACUGACUUACUUCAGGGAUCUUAUAUUUAAAAACACCAAUGCAACCGAAACGGAUAAGGAGGUAUGUGAUCAGCCUGACCCUCAUGUCAGCAGUACAGAUGAAAACACGGACAGAGGAAACUGGACCAAUAAGAGGGAGUACAUGCUGUCCAUGAUUGGUUAUGCCGUCGGCCUUGGAAAUGUGUGGCGAUUCCCGUACUUGACCUACAAAAAUGGAGGAGGGGCAUUUCUCAUACCCUAUACCAUCAUGCUUGCCGUGGCUGGAAUCCCUCUCUUCUUCAUGGAGUGCUCUUUCGGGCAGUUCUGUAGCCAGGGCCCUAUCAAUGCAUGGAAGGCUGUACCAAUACUGCAAGGUGUUGGGGUCACAAUGGUCUUGGUGAGCACAUUAGUAGCUAUCUACUACAAUGUCAUUGUGGCAUACAGCAUCUACUAUUUAUUUGCGUCUUUCCAAUCCCCAUUGCCUUGGAGUGACUGUUUUUCUUGGUCAGAUGGGAACUGCAGUGUGAUGCCAGUAGAUUUAUGCAACGUGACCUCGGGCAAUGGGAGCUUUACGGUGGUAAACAUGACAUGGAUAACUGACCUCAAUGAAACGUGUCCCGCAUCAGACAUCAUAUCUGUUCCAGUGCAAAGCCCUAGUGAGCAAUACUGGGACUCAGUGGCUCUGCACCGCUCUGGAGGGAUGGACGAGACGGGCGAGGUGGUGUGGCACCUGGCCCUCUGUCUGCUGCUGGGAUGGCUGCUGAUUGGCGCCUCCCUCUACAAAGGCAUCAAAUCCUCAGGGAAAGUGGUAUACUUCACUGCCACAUUUCCCUAUGUGGUUCUUCUGAUUCUCCUGAUCCGAGGGGUCACACUAGAGGGAGCCAGGGAAGGGAUCGAGUACUACAUUGGCACCCAGUCUAAUCUCACCAAGCUCUCCGAAGCAGAGGUGUGGAAGGAUGCAGCCUCGCAGAUUUUUUACUCGCUCUCCAUCGCUUGGGGCGGGGUGCUGGCCCUGUCCUCCUACAACAAGUUUCAUAACAACUGCUACAAGGACUCCAUCAUCGUCUGUGUCACCAACUGUGGCACCAGCGUCUUUGCUGGCUUUGCCAUAUUCUCCAUCUUGGGCCACAUGGCUCACGUGUAUGGGAAACCGGUGUCAGAGGUCGCCGAGGAUGGUUUUGGACUGGCUUUCAUUGCCUACCCCGAGGCCCUCUCCAAACUGCCAGUGUCCCCGUUGUGGUCCAUACUUUUCUUCUUUAUGCUGCUGACCCUUGGCCUGGACUCCCAGUUUGCUAGUAUAGAAGUCAUCACCACCUCCCUUCAGGACAACUUCCCCGGUGUCUUCAAGUCCAGGAGGGGUCACAUCACAGUCGUCACCUGCGUCAUGCUCUUCCUGCUGGGUCUGCCCUGCGUCACCCGAGCAGGAAUAUACUGGGUGACCCUGAUGGACCAUUUCUGUGGGAGCUGGAUUCUUCUGAUUGCUGCGGUGCUGGAGCUCAUUGGACUGUGCUAUAUCUAUGGAGGGAACCGGUUCAUUAAAGACAUAGAAAUGAUGAUUGGGGUCAAGAGCUCCCUCUUCUGGCUGUGGUGGCGAUCAUGCUGGUUUUUCAUCUCUCCCUGCGUCCUCAUAGUCAUUCUGGCAUGGUCUUUGUCGACCUUCUCCCCUCCCACCUAUGGCUCUGUGGUUUAUCCCGACUGGGGUGUGUCCUUGGGCUGGUGCAUGACGGCCUUCUGCCUUGUGUGGAUUCCUAUCAUUGCUGUCUGGAAGCUGGCAAAGGCUAAGGGUAGCCUGUGGCAGAGGUUUAAAACAGCAUGCUCCUCUUCUGAGGACUGGGGACCCUACCUGGAAUGCCACCGUGGAGAGCGAUACCAGCGCCACAACUUCUAUUGGAGGAAGAGUUCUGUGAGCCAGCCAGACACAGAUGUGUGUGUCAUCACAAAUCUACACAGCAUCAAGCUGUAA